AACCCCCUGAAACCCAGCUUAGUUCCUCUCUGGCUGCCAGGGGCUGGUUGCGCGAGCUUGCCCUGAAACUCUGGGGCUGUUCUAGACUUUUUUUUUUCCUGGCCUAGGGAAGAUCAGGAGCCCCUCAAUCCCUGGUGGGCCUCCGACAGCCACAACAGAAUAAGGGUUUCCCCCUUUCUGUUGGGAACCAUUGAAAACUUUCUCCCUAUCCCCGUCCCCUUUUCUCCUCCCUCUCCCUGCUUCCCCUUCCCCAAAGCCUCGCUGGGCUUCGCCUCCCUCACUCCCUUCCCCACCCCUUCCUAGGACUGGGCUGAAGUCACCGUGGAGCUCCAGCGCGGCACCCCAACUUUCCAAACCAGGAGGGAAAUAUGGGAUGUAUAAAAUCAAAAAGAAAAGACAAUUCAACUCACGAUGGAAUAGAUUUGAAGACUGAACCAGUACGUAAUACUGACCGAACUAUUUAUGUGAGAGAUCCAACGUCCAAUAAACAGCAAAGGCCAGUGCUCAGUCCAGAUUCUCAACUUUUACCAGGACAAAGGUUUCAAAAGACAGAUUCUGAAGAUCAAGGGGUUGUGGUAAUAGCCUUAUAUCCCUAUGAUGGCCUUCACCCUGAUGAUUUAUCCUUCAAGAAAGGAGAAAAAUUGAAAAUCAUUGAAGAGCAUGGAGAAUGGUGGAAAGCUAGAUCUCUUUUAACCAAGAAAGAAGGCUUCAUCCCUAGCAAUUAUGUAGCAAAAGUCAACACUUUGGAAACAGAAGAAUGGUUCUUUAAGGAUAUAACCCGGAAAGAUGCUGAAAGACAGCUUCUGGCACCAGGGAAUAGUGCAGGAUCAUUUCUUAUCCGAGAAAGUGAAACUUUAAAAGGAAGUUUCUCUCUUUCUGUCCGAGAUUAUGACCCACUGCAUGGUGAUGUUAUUAAGCACUACAAAAUCCGAAGUCUGGACAAUGGAGGUUAUUACAUAUCUCCAAGAGUCACUUUUUCCUCAAUCAGUGACAUGAUUAAGCAUUAUCAAAAGCAGCCAGAUGGUUUGUGCAGAAGGCUUGAGAAGCCAUGUAUUUGUCCAAAACCACAAAAACCAUGGGAUAAAGAUGCUUGGGAAAUUCCACGUGAAUCAAUUAAGCUAGUGAAGAAGCUUGGAGCUGGACAAUUUGGAGAAGUCUGGAUGGGCUACUAUAACAAUAGUACCAAAGUGGCUGUGAAAACUCUGAAGCCAGGAACCAUGUCUGUGCAGGCAUUUCUAGAAGAAGCCAACCUCAUGAAAACACUUCAGCAUGACAAGUUAGUGAGGCUCUAUGCUGUGGUUACCAAAGAGGAGCCCAUUUAUAUCAUAACAGAGUACAUGGCAAAAGGGAGCUUGCUGGAUUUCCUGAAGAGUGAUGAAGGUGGGAAACUGCUGCUUCCAAAGCUAAUUGACUUUUCAGCACAGAUAUCAGAAGGAAUGGCAUACAUUGAGAGGAAGAAUUACAUCCAUCGAGACCUGAGAGCAGCUAACGUUCUCGUUUCAGAUUCACUGAUGUGCAAAAUCGCUGAUUUCGGCCUUGCUCGGAUAAUUGAAGAUAAUGAGUAUACAGCAAGAGAAGGUGCAAAAUUCCCUAUUAAGUGGACAGCUCCAGAGGCAAUAAACUUCGGAUACUUUACUAUUAAAUCAGAUGUAUGGUCCUUUGGAAUUCUCCUAUAUGAAAUUGUAACCUAUGGGAAAAUUCCCUAUCCAGGGAGGACUAAUGCUGAUGUGAUGGUGGCUCUGGGGCAGGGAUACAGGAUGCCACGCAUGGAAAACUGUCCAGAAGAGCUCUAUGACAUCAUGAAAAUGUGCUGGAAGGAGAAGGCGGAAGAAAGGCCAACGUUUGAUUAUUUACAGAGUGUGCUGGGUGACUUCUACACAGCAACAGAAGUGCAAUAUCAACAACAGCCUUAGAACAAAGAAAUACUUUUUUUUCCCUCCAAUUGGCAUAGACAGAUGCCACAUUAAACACACACACUCACACACACACACACACACACACACACACACACACACACACACACACACACACACACAGAGACCAAAAACUGGUUGCACAAGUUAUUUCAAUGUGCCUGGAUUAGCCACUGCGCCUGGUUCCUAAAGGCUGAAAUAACUCAGGAAGAUUCUGUAUACUGUACACAGAAAGAGAUACCCUGUUUCUCAGCUGAUGGAACAGAAUUGAAAAGAAUAACUGGGGACUGACUGGCUCAGAGGAUAAACCGCUCAUCUGCUGGUAACCUUAUGUGUCUAAGCCACCAUCUGAAUCCAAACUUAGAAGGAAAAGAAUAGAUCCCAAUUAAAAAAUAUAUACUUUGACCCUGCAUUUCUAGGUGGAAAUGCGAUAAUUACUUUAAAAUGUGAUCCAUAUCAGCAAAUUGUGACACGUGUUUUCAAGCCAAAUGUACUCAUUUAUAAAGUCGCCAUUAGUGGUUACCCACUGCAGGAAUUCUUUGUAUUUUCCAUAGAUUUGCACUCAUUUAAAAAAGAUGGGGAAAUGUCAUCAAACUAUGUUCCAUGUGAAGUCAGUGACUGAGAAACAUGCACUCCCACCCCUUGAAAUCUAGUCCCAUAAAUAUCAUUCUGCUGCAGGUACAGUUCACCAGUAUCCUUUUCUUCAGUGGAAAGGGACCAAGAUUUUUCAUUUUAAUGUCAGUGUUAUAUUUUAAAGAAGAUCUAUGUUCUGGUAACAAACCAUAAUUCCCAAUGUAUGGAAAUUUGAUUUUUUGGGCAUUAGAAACAGCAGUAAGAUUAUGGUGUCUACAAGAACUUUCUCUAGCUAUGCAGUUAAGGCAUUAUGGAAAGGAAAAUGGAAAGACUAAUUCCUUGGCUGCUUCCAAUGAUUGAGAGGCAUUUUUAUUACCAAAUGUUUAAUUUUAGCUGCAUUGUCAUAUAUGCCUUAAUGGAUUGAUUUGUUUUUCAUGAUUCAUACUAUGAUUUCUAAGUAAUUAGAGAUUUGUAUGGGACUAUUUAUAGCCAGCAGCUAAGGCUCUAAGGAAUUACUUAUACAUACUGUCUGUGGUGUGAGGUUCGAAAAGACAUAUUUUUGUUUACUAAACUUUUCUAUUCUAAGCCUUGAAUGAGAAAAAAAAGCCUCAUGCUUGUAACCUUUCACUUAUAUUACCAUGUAAAUACCUAAUAUGUCUAUUAUUUGAUUGUUUUUUUCAAUAUGCACUGGCCCUAUAGCAUUUUUAAAAACAAUAACAUUUUCCUUGUGUGUUGCCUUCUCAACUACUGUCAACUUAAAAAAAAAAAAAGAAAAGACAAAUGGCAGGAGAAAAAACCAAUGGCAUUGAUUCCCUAGAGCUGUCUGAUUAAAAUGAAUAAUUUCCAGUUCUCCUUAUACAACUUGGUAACUUCAGGAAUAAAGUAAAAAAGAAAUUGAUCACCUAGAGGCCUAAAUAUCCUUUCAUGAGUGCAAAAUAGACUGUUUCUUUUCCCACAGGCUUCAAAAUCAAUUGCUAAGAUCCAUUGUCAUUUCAAAUUUUAGAUGCUAAUGGAAAAGGGUAGUCCAAUCACCAGUUUUGUUUUUUUCUCUAUACUUCCAUUCUUGCCUUGUGUUUUAUAAAAUAUGUCCUGUCUAAAACAUUCUAUGGUUACCAUUUCCAGAUGCCAUAUCUGCACAUAUUCUAUAUUCACAGGUAUAAUAUUGUAUUCAGGCAGGAUCUGCACAGCUGGUAUCUUUUCAUCUAAUUGAUUGUGUUUAUGGACACCAUAAUUGUCAUCUUAGCACAAUUAGAAUCCCGCACAACAAUUUGUGGUGGGGGAGAGGUUCACAAUGUGAAGAUACUCCCAACUAAACCUCUAAAAGAUAAUCCAUGGGCUUUCUAUUAUUUCUCCAUGGUCCCAUUGUCUUUCAGCUCUUCCUCUUUCAUUGUCUCUUUUCCUGAAAACUCAGAACCUAAUAUGUCAAGAAAUCCUUCCUUUUCAUCCAUUUUGUUCCCUUCUGUCUUGCUUAGAACUCUUCUGCGUAGAACCCAUGUGUUAGAGCCACGUCCUACUUCACAUGUGACAACCCAAUUCUCUUCCUUCUUCUUAAAAACUCUUCCAGGCUUCUGAGAAUGUCAUCUUGAGGUACUUUGUGACUGACAGACAAAAUUAGGGACUAAGGUCGAGGGUUGUGUAAUAUAUUAAUACUUGUAAUAACUUAUUGAAUAUCAUCAUGUGCACACAUCAUAGUUAUAUCUUUGUGUGGUAAUAUUCUUCUGCCAUGUUCUGAUGAGGGUCCUAGCUUACCAAAGAAGAGAAAUCUUCCAACUUUCCCCAGGUAGAGUAGAUGUCUUAGGUUGGUGGAGAAAGGGUGAUCUAGCCCAGAUGAACAAAAUGAUGGCUUUGACACAGAGUGAAAACACAAGGUUUGAUGGUUUCCCAUAGUCAGUGGCAGACCCUCUCUGAUAGUGACCCUCUUCCCCAGGUAGUUCAGAGACUCCAAACCUACUCUUAAGUGCACAGCCAUCCUGCCUUCGUCCCAUUUGUUUCCCAAAGCCAAAAAGAGACUGAUCCCUCUUUCAAUGGCAAAUACUGUAUCAGAAAUAGCCAGAAAUUUUAGAGGGUGCUGUUGGUAUUCUGUUUUGACACUUCUGGAGUAAAUGAGCCCUCUCCCAGCAAAGUAUGUGACUGAUAAAAGGUGUAAUUGUAUUUGCAUUCUAACAUGGCAAAGCAUAUCAUGGGCACCUGAUAAAAUGUUAACAAUUUUUAAACUUG